AUGAAUUUGAACCUCACUUUUAGACCCCCGCGAUAUAUCCUCGCCAGCAUCCUCUGUUCUUGCAAUGGACUCUUAUUCGGAAUGGACACCGGAAUUAUCGGCCCCGUCACCGUGAUGAAACCCUUCGUAGCGCAAUUCGGCAGUCAAUCCGCAGCCGUGCACGGAUUGAUCGUCUCCUCGAUCCUCAUCCCCGCCGCGAUAUCCUCCUUCUUCGCGGGCUUUCUGGCUGAUAAGUUUGGGAGACCGAGGGGGAUUAGUAUUGGGGUGUUGAUUUUUGGGAUCGGGGCUGCGAUUGAGGCGGCCGCGGUGCAUCUUGCUAUGUUUAUUGUUGGGAGGUGUGUUGAGGGGAUUGGGGAGGGGUUGUUUUUGGGGACUUUGGUGGUGUAUAUUUGUGAGAUCUCGCCCACUAGCAAUCGGGGCGCAUUAACGACAGGUCCUCAAUUGCUCAUCACGCUUGGUUUGGUUGUUGGUUUCUUUACCUGUUAUGGAUGCGCGAGGAUUCAGUCAUCGCUUGCAUGGCGCACGCCUUUCAUUCUUCUCGCCGGUCUAUCCGGUGUUUUCUCGAUGUGUUCGCUUCUCUGGCUCACCCCGUCACCGCGAUGGUUGACGCUCCAUGGCCGUCAUGCCGAAGCUGCAGAGACAUGGGACUUGCUGGGUGUUGGUCAGGCUGAGCGUGAAAAGGUGGAGAUAGAACAGACUAGAGAGGAGACUCAGACUGAGUCUACAGUUACUGGGCCGUCUGAUGAUGCGCCCAAAAAGCAUGACUUUUUUGAAGUCUUCUCUCGGGAUGUUCGAGCACGCACUGCGCUUGCAUUGUUUCUGAUGGCGAUGCAGCAGCUGAGUGGAAUUGAUGGAGUUCUCUACUACGCCCCCCUCCUCUUCGAACAAGCUGGCCUCGCCUCCUCCGACGCAAGUUUCUUCGCCUCAGGCGUCUCAGCCAUCGUCAUCUUCGCCGUAACCAUCCCAGCCCUCAUCUGGGCCGACAAAUGGGGCCGUCGCCACAGCAUCAUCUACGGCGGCAUCGGCCUAAGCAUCACAAUGUUCCUCAUCGGCGCCCUCUACGCCGGAAAAACCGUACACAGCACCACCGGCCCCGGUCGCUGGGUCGUCAUCGUCUCUAUCUACAUCUUCGCCGUCAUCUACUCCCUCAGCUGGGCGGUGGGUAUCAAGAUCUACGCAGCGGAAAUCCAACCGCAGCGUACGCGCGCGUCUGCAACGAGUCUGGCGCAUGGGAGUAACUGGGCUGCUAACUUUUUUGUGGCGCUCAUGACGCCAAUUCUGCUUUCGAAGAGUAGUUUUGGGGCUUAUUUUCUCUUUGCCGGGUGUGCGCUUGUUACGGCUUGUGUUUGUGUGUUUUUUAUGCCUGAGACUAAGGGGAGAUCAUUGGGUGAGAUUGAGGAAGCGUUCCGAUUGAAAGGGCCAAGUUCGAAAGGCUUUCUUACGACUAUCCGACCGGUUCGGGAAUGUGAGGAAUAGUAACGGAUAGAAUUUUAUGUUGAAACUAUAUGUGUUGCAUCAUUCUGCGUCAUAUAUUCCCUAUUGUGGAAGCUUGAUCUUCAUCGAGAUAUUCACCCUAUACCAAGCCCAGAACUGUGUUCAUGCUACACAUUGUAGCAAAAUGACCAUAAGCAGUGUUCCAAACCGGGUCAGCCGAACCUUUUCCAGCUUGCAAGCACUACGUAUUGAUGCGCACAAUGUUCUUAACGAACUCAGUCACAGCAACUACAACG